GACCUCGCCGACACAAAAACGCAGCCCGAGAAAGAUUACGACAUCAUGAUGGUGAAUAUGGGCAACGAUCCGAUCGUGCCGGACAGGCCAGAGCUCGAGGUGAUGAUCUCAAGCGACGCCGUGCCGGCUUCCUUGGUGGAUAGCGGGGCCUCGAUUGCAGUGGCAGGGCGCGGAUGGCUUGACCGCGUCGAGGCAGAGCUCGCGAAAUAUGGCCUCAAGCCCAUCAAGAUGGAGGCUCACCUGAAGUUCAAGGGACUUGGCGGAACACGACGUGAAUCAAUGCAGAAGUGGAUCAUCCCGGUCGGCAUUGGGAAGAAGCAUGCGCUGCAGGAGUACUUCGAGAUCCCUGGCGACAUGGACGGCCACUGGGCGGACUUCCAGGAGCUCGGGGUGCAUGGCAAGGAGCUGGUGAAACUACCUGGCGGACACGCAGGCCUCGACCUCUUCGACUACGACUUCGAAUCGUGCGAAUCAGAGCCCCUCUUCGAGAAGUUCCGCGUGGAUGAGAUGCAGCUCGAGCCGGAGGCAUUCCUGGUCGCGGAGACGUUGCAGGAGUUCGAGCUGGCCUUCCAGGUGAAGGACCACGCCGACACGUGGGUCGCAGAGGCACUGAAGAACGGCAGCAAAGGCAUCUUCAAGAAGGGCACGCUAAAACGGACCGACAAGCUGAUGAAGGAGUAUUCGGUCGUUUUCGACGUACUGCGCGACAACCAGGAGACCUUCCCGUGGGAGUUGUUUGCGAAGGAGGAGUUCAGGCCGCUGGUCGAUUUCUCGGCCAAGGUGCUUCGGGCUCAGGCUGAAGGCGGACGUAUCGGCAUCCGCGAGAACCCUCUCACGAGCCGCUCAUGGAACGAGGAGCCGAUCAUGGAUUUGUUGCGCUGGCUCGGCGACCGACCUCCACCAUACGAGAUGGUCACGCUGCACCAGUGCAUGUUCGGACUGACGGACGACUACGGGACACCGACUCGGAAGCGAGCGCCGCGCGCCGACCGGAAGAAGCUGGGCAUCGGAGACGGUGUGGCGAAGAUCCAGCACCAGCAGACCAUGCGCGCGGUGGCCAGGGAGUUCAAGCUGAGGAAGGACCUCAUUGACGUACGCGUGCUGAGGCAGAACGAGGCUGUUCCCCUACCUCGCGGAGCUGUGCGGCGCAUCUACGCCAUGUGCACUGACAGGGGCGUGCUGACCGACUUCUCCGACGCCUGCGCGGACGACCCGAGCUUCGCAACGGUCGAGCUAGCCACGAUGUGCCCAACCGACAGGUGGUCGCGAUCUACGUGGAGGAGCCGAAGGUGCAGACACCCUUCCCCGCGACAGUACCCUUACUUGGCAGCCGACCGGAAGCAUUCAAGCCAGACGAUCGCGAAGCAGACGCAGUGCAUCGAGAUCUACAUCGCGAAAGUGAAAACUUCGGCGGCAAGCCUUCGGAUAUCACCACGGCUCAGUGGGGCGCUCUACCUGAACCUGAGUCACCCAUCGGCUCACGCUCUGAAGCGACGCCUGAAGUCCUACGGGGUGUCGCAGAAGGUGCUCGACGCGGUGGAUAAGCUGGACUGCGUCGUGUGCAAGGAGCUCGACAGGCCCAACACUACGAGGUCAGCCAACCUGAAGCUCUCGACGGAAUUCAACGAGAACGUACUCCACUACGACGCAGCGAAGGGCCACAUCGCGCAGCGGUUCGGGGAGAUCGGCGAGAAAGUCAACAUCCUGAUGGGGCCGGUCCCGGCCGAGGCGCCUCAGCUCAAAGGCAGAGUGGAACGGGGUAUCGACUUCUUCAAGGACCAUUUCCAGCGCCUGAACCGCGAUGUGCAGCUCACCAAGAGUGACGACCCAUCCGUUUGGACUUCGGUGAUAGCGAGCACGCGCAACAAUCGCAUCUGGCGGAAUGGUUUCACGCCCUGCCAGUAUGUGCUGGGACGAUCGCCCAACGUCCCGGCCUCGCUGACUGAGGCAAUGGAGGGCGACCAGAGGCAGCCGGCGGCGCAGAGCGCAGCUCUCUUCGAGGAUGGCCCCAGGAGGGCCGAGCAGACUCGCGCUGCGGCGAACUGGGCGUUCUUCGAGCUGGACAGCGACGACGCCGUGAGAAGGGCCACGGUUGGUCGAGUUCGCCCGCCGCGCGGGCCGUUCUUGCCGGGCCAGCGGGUGUUCUACUGGCGUGAGGUGACGCACGUGAAGUCGAAGCGGCUCCAGGGCGAGCACGGGUGGCGCGGCCCGGCCACUGUGCUGGCGGCCGAGGGCCACGCCAGGCUGCACCUCAGCUGCCGUGGGGUGCCCGUGCUCGUGACGCCCGAGCAGGUGCGGCUUGCCUCUCGCGGUGAAGCUGAGACGGUGGAGAACGAGGACCUCGCCAGACAGCUGUCGCAGUGGCGUCGCAAGAAGGGCGACGGCGACUCGGACAAUGAGGACGCCGCGGGCGACGCGCCGGCGGCCAAGGCGCCACGGGCCGAGGAGAUGGACAUGGAAAGCGAGACGUCAAAGCUAAAGAGACACCCGGAGAUGGGCAUGAUAUGCAAGAUGUUACGGCUGACGACCCACCUGUGCCUGAUGCAGCUGGGCAGGGGCGUGCCACGGACCGAGACGCGGCUGCCUUCGAGGGCUCUCAAGCAGAGCCGUCUCCCGAAGAUCGAGGGCGACGAGAUGGACGACGAAGUUCUCUUCCGCAAGGAGCUUGCGGGGGUCGAGAAGGCGGACAUCCUACCCGUGAGGCGCGUCCGCACUGACAAUAAUGGGCCGACGAGGGGCAGUCUCUCGUACGAGCAACACCCGCUGAAGGCGAAGUCGCGGAACAUCGUCCCGGCCUACAAUGAAAAGCAGCUGCUCGCGGGCGAGUUGCAGACGACGCUCACGGACACGGCCACGGCGGUGAUCACCCAGGCGAUCGGUCUGAUCGGGACGCACAUCGACGACAACCUCGUCGCGGGAUCGCCCGAGUUCUUCGCGAAUCAGGUGGCCAAGCUGAAGAAGGUGCACUGCUACGGCAAGUGGCAGACGGCGAAGGUGGGCUUCCACCACUGCGGGCGUUUCCCCAAGCAGAACGACAACGGCACGAUCACGUGCAGCCAGAAGCGUCGGAAGACAAAGGAGUCGAAGGCCACGGCGGAGGAAAGGGCGAUGCUCCACAGCGGCAACGGCCAGAUCCAAUGGCUGGUCCGUUUUACGCGGAUGGACUUGGCGUUCCAGCUGGUGGAAAGCCAGGCUAGGGCUCACGACAGCGACCUGAAGGUGCAAGAUCUGCUUGACUACGACAAGCUCGUGAGCGAUGCCAAGACCGACCACGUGGACAUCACCUUCCAGAAGUUAGACAUGGACAACGUGAUUGUGGUGGCAGUGGGGGACUCGAGCCACGGCGACGUGGGCAAGACGAAUACCGCUAGCCAGGCGGGCCUGGUCAUCCUGCUCGCAGACAAUACCGACGAUCAGUUCCUACGCAGGAAGCCUGCCAAGGUUACCCCGAUGCUGUGGCGAUCGCACCGCAACAAGCGGGUGGUACGGAGAACCCUGGCAGCCGAGACGAUGGCAGCCCUGGAGGCGGUCGAGAGUGGCGACAUGCUGAGACAACACCUGGUGGAGUUGCACCAAGGGCUGGGCUACCGGACCCACAUGGAUGACGUAAAGGCGAUCAAGAUAGUGGAGGUCACCGACUGCAAGUCGCUCUACGACCUGCUUCAGAAGCGAGGGACGGUUCCGUCCGAGAAGCGGCUGCUCAUCGACAUCGAGUCGCUCAGGAACGACAUUGAGUUCAACAGCGUGGUGAGCAAGUGGGUCAACACCAAGCAGAUGCUCGCCGGCUGUCUUACCAAGCAGGACGUCCGCGCGGGCGACUACAUGAGGUAUGUGCUCUGGACGGGCGAAUACCGUUUGACGGAGGACCCCAUUGCAGAGCAGAUCAUUUCUGAGCAACGGAUGGAGUUGAAAGGUCGCAGGGGCGAGUAUUAUCGCUCGAAGUAUUCUCGUCGACAUCGACCUGCCGACCAACCUUUUGUACGGGAAGGCGACACGCACUUCGAGGACUGCAUCGCGGACCUGAGGUACAAUCCGCAUGCCGCUCGACCUGCUCCCAAGCACUAUCUCCGUUGGCGGAUGAUGCUGGGCCAGGGCGAGGACGACGUCUACUACGAGAAGCUCGAGGAUAUGGUCGACUGGUCAGGGCUGGACCAGGUGGCGAAGCGUCGGAGGAUUCCGACCCAUGUGCGUAAGUUGCUGAGGAUAUACGCACCGCCAAAAGGGGCUCUCGAGCGCUACGAGAAGGACUUCACGGAAAAGCACAGCCUGAAGAAGACGGACAUGACCAAGGACAUCGAGCACCACGAGGACGCGAAUGUAAUUUCGAACGAAGGUGACGAGCAUCACAAUACGGACGGUACUGCGGACUUGGACGAUGUGAAGGAGAUCUACAUGAUGGACACCGCAGGUGCUGAGACCGAGGAGAUCGGAGGAGGCGCCGCGGGAGCUGGUGCAACGCUGGUGGUGUGUGCGGUGUGCCGGAUGGUGGUAGACCAGUGCGAGUGUCAGCCGAGGACUCGCAAGAAGGCCAAUCACAACGUCCCCGUCCCCAAUGACGGCGAUGAGUGGGUCGAGGUUCCAGGCGAAACUGAGCGAUCCGGAGGAUCGACAUCCAGGAAGAAGACGACGGAACUACCGAUGAAUAAGGCUCGCAAACUACAUGAGCGCCUGAAGCAUGCAUCCUACAAGCAGGUGGAGCAUGACCUUGGCGACGUGCUGGAGGGCGACAUCCCAGAGGCGUACCAGCUGACGGUCGCAGGAUGCAGCAAGUGCCGUCGAGCUAGUUGCGACACGGAGAAGAUCCCGAGCGGCAG